CGGUUGAGUGAUUUGGGCGGUUCUACUGGCAGCUGGACGGUUUUCAACGCCGCGCGCCUUCGUAUGCAAAUGCUUCGACCAGGCUACAGCGAGUUGAGAAUAAGGGACCUAACUACCAGAUACAGGUAAUAUUAGACAGAGAUGAAUUCAAGGCAUAGCUAUUUAUUUGAUAAAGCGCGAAGAGUCAGGGAAUCAAAGAAAAAACAGGCACAUCACAUGUUCUCCCUUAUCACAUCACGUGCAAUCGAACCCCUUUACCGCUCCCCCCUCCUGCCUUCCCGACGAAAACAACCUUAUCUGCCACCGCGUAUCAACCACCAACUAAGUCCCUCUCCAAGCCCGGACCCUGGGACCCCCACAGCCCUUCACCUAGAAAACCACACGAUUAUCACACCACCAGCGCCAGCCCCUUUCCUCAUUCCCUACCGAAGAGCUGCAAGCCAGCAAAGCCUCCAGUCCUCUCCUCACCUUCCCUUUCCCGUCCCAGAAAUUCUCCGUCCACACACGCACCCGCUCAGCCCCAGAACCCUACCCCGCACCUCCAACAUUCCGCCCUCCUCUUUCUUCCCUCGCCGAGUUGUCCAGCAAGCGGCCCGCGCUGACCUUGCUCAUCCCAAGAACCCCACAAAAACGAAUAAAAGGGCGGCAAAAAGCAAAAAAUGAAGGAAUACCGAGUAGCAGAGGGGGCGCUGAAACCGAUCGGCCCGGCCUGAACGCCCCGCCCGGCUUCGGUCAGGGCCCGUGCCGCUUUUUUCGGGACCCUCUCUGCUCCGAGGGACCGGUGUGGAGGGCAAUUCGUCGAGAUCG